AUGUGGGAAACAGCGACAUGCCAGCCAGUUGGUAAGUCUUCCAUUGAACCUUUUUUAGAAAAUCGCAUUAAAGGCCUGCCUUACAUCGUGCGGAAUGGGGACGGAACAUGGGGUGAAAUGGCAGUUCUCGAAAUUACUCAUGUCAACCAUAUACCGUGUUUUAUUGGACUGGCACUUGCAAAUAUUUUAGGUUUUACCAUGCCAGGACCUAAACUGUGUGGAAACACUUUACCACCAAUUGAAAACGGACAAUCAACAAUGAAUACUGAGCAAGAUUCUACGUUUGGUGCAACAGCCACUGUGACUUGUGAGACCGGAUAUCAGCGAAAUAAACCUAAGAUUUCAUGUCAGGCUAACGGGACGUGGGAACAGGCGACAUGCCAGCCAGUUGACUGUGGAAACACUUUACCACCAAUUGAAAACGGACAAUCAACAAUGAAUAGUGAGCAAGAUUCUACGUUUGGUGCAACAGCCACUGUGACUUGUGAGACCGGAUAUCAGCGAAAUAAACCUAAGAUUUCAUGUCAGGCUAACGGGAUGUGGGAACUGGCGGCAUGCCAGCCAGUUGACUGUGGAAGCACUUUACCACCAAUUGAAAACGGACAAUCAACAAUGAAUACUGAGCAAGAUUCUACGUUUGGUGCAACAGCCACUGUGACUUGUGAGACCGGAUAUCAGCGAAAUAAACCUAAGAUUUCAUGUCAGGCUAACGGGAUGUGGGAACAGGCGACAUGCCAGCCAGUUGACUGUGGAAACACUUUACCACCAAUCGAAAACGGACAAUCAACAAUGAAUACUGAGCAAGAUUCUACGUUUGGUGCAACAGCCACUGUGACAUGUGAGACCGGAUAUCAGCGAAAUAAACCUAAGAUUUCAUGUCAGGCUAACGGGAUGUGGGAACAGGCGACAUGCCAGCCAGUUGACUGUGGAAACACUUUACCACCAAUUGAAAACGGACAAUCAACAAUGAAUACUGAGCAAGAUUCUACGUUUGGUGCAACAGCCACUGUGACUUGUGAGACCGGAUAUCAGCGAAAUAAACCUAAGAUUUCAUGUCAGGCUAACGGGAUGUGGGAACAGGCGACAUGCCAGCCAGUUGACUGUGGAAACACUUUACCACCAAUUGAAAACGGACAAUCAACAAUGAAUAGUGAGCAAGAUUCUACGUUUGGUGCAACAGCCACUGUGACUUGUGAGACCGGAUAUCAGCGAAAUAAACCUAAGAUUUCAUGUCAGGCUAACGGGAUGUGGGAACUGGCGGCAUGCCAGCCAGUUGACUGUGGAAACACUUUACCACCAAUUGAAAACGGACAAUCAACAAUGAAUACUGAGCAAGAUUCUACGUUUGGUGCAACAGCCACUGUGACUUGUGAGACCGGAUAUCAGCGAAAUAAACCUAAGAUUUCAUGUCAGGCUAACGGGAUGUGGGAACAGGCGACAUGCCAGCCAGUUGGUAAGUCUUCCAUUGAACUUUUUUUUUAUUUGAUAAAGCGUGCUUACACCGGUGCGGAAUGGGGACGACAUGGGGUGAAUGUCAGUUCGAAAUUAUUCAUGUCAUACAUAUCCAUGUUUUAUGGACUGGCACUUGCAAAUAUCUUAGGUUUUACCAUGCCAGGACAAAUUUUCUAUUUUAAAAAACUUUGGCGUUAG